GCGGCCCACUUCCGGCGCGGGUUGGGGAGGGCGCACGCGGCCGCACUCCAGUUGACUUUGCGGAGAUAUGGAAGGCGGCUUUGGCUCGGAUUUCGGGAGCUCCGGCAGCGGGAAGCUGGACCCGGGGCUUAUCAUGGAGCAGGUGAAAGUGCAGAUCGCCGUGGCCAACGCGCAGGAGCUGCUGCAGAGGAUGACGGACAAGUGCUUCCGGAAGUGCAUCGGGAAGCCGGGGGGCUCCUUGGACAAUUCGGAGCAGAAGUGCAUCGCCAUGUGCAUGGACCGCUACAUGGACGCCUGGAACACCGUGUCCCGUGCCUACAACUCUCGGCUGCAGCGAGAACGAGCCAACAUGUGAUCGCGACGCGCCAGCAGCCCACUUCCCACCCCACCCCACUCCCAGUUCCAUCUCCAUAAAUGCUGUUUGUGAGGCGGGGGCCAACGUGUGCGUGCUGCCUGCCAGAAGUUUAUGAGGACCAGACUGGUGCUGGGACAGUUGGUAUUCUGUUUCUCCGUGCCCCGUUCGCGCACACGUGCCGGCGAGUGUAACUUGCGUCUGGGGGGCCCCUGGCCCGGGUGGUGCCUUCCCUAGUGCCCCUGUUACCGAAUUGUGUCAUAUGGACCCUGUUGGGGGCCGGCUUAGGCUCUAUGUCUCCUAGGGGGUGUUCUUUUUCUGUUCCGUGGAGCCUGAAGCUGAGAUGGACACAGCACAAGCUUUAUUCAGCAGUUAAAGUAUGGAGACGCGUGAACAAACGAACUCACAGAUCAGCUUCUUAGCUGGCGAGAGGGGCUUAAUUUUAACAAGGAGGCCUGUGUGUAUGUCUACGCGGGAAGGGGCUGAGCUUUUUCCGAGGGAGUGGGGUGCCACCUCUUUUUUAUCUUUUUUGGUCUUUAAUGUCUGGUCGAGGCUGCGGAUGCGUGUGUUAUUUAAUAAGCUAAUGUAGUAAAAUCCACACAUAAUGAGA